GUUUUCAGAAGGAGCUGAAGAGGAGGACAAAAACAGCAGUUUAAAGUCGGGUCCACCUGUGCUGUCAGAUAUUCUUUUUAAUACAGGUCCUCCCUCAGGACGCAGAGAUGGGCCAGUGGAGCUGCAGCCUCUUUGUGGUGUUUGUUCUUUGUGGAGCUUUUAUCAGAGAAGCACAUCAGGCUGCUAUAUCUGAGUUUGGGGGACACAAAGGCAGUCAGAGACAUCUCCUGGUGGAAGAGGAUGAUAACACCAACCAUAACAGUACGAUUCAAAGAGCAGCUGAUCCAGACAAUGAGAGCCCAAAGUCACUGGACUGGUCUUAUAUGGUUGCAGGUCUGGGCACAGUCCUCACCAUCUCACUCCUCAUCGUGAUGACUGUCAAGUUCCGCCUCUUCCAUCGCUUCUUGGCCAGCUACAGACACUCCCUGCUCCAAGAGACGGACGGGGUCAGCCAGUAUGGCCAUGACGGGGUGCCCUUCCCUCACAGUGUGUCGGGCAGGAUGGGAGUGGCUGGAGGGACUCAAAGAGGGCUGGAUGACGAUGACGAUGGCUUCAUUGAGGAUAACUAUAUCGAACCCAGUGAGAAGAACAGGGCAGAGAGAGAGGGAGAGGAGGAAGAGGAUGAGGAAGGGUUAGAAGACAGUGAUGAUGAUCUUCAGUUCACAAUAGGGUGAUCAAAUAAAGAGGGACUACAGCUAAAAUAAAAUUAUACCAUAGAAAAGAUUCUGAUUCACAGUCAACAGGAAAACAGUGAUACAGAAAUGUAGGGGACAGUUCACCCCAAAAUCAAAAAUACAUAUUUUCCCUCUUGCCUGUAGAUCUAUUUAUCAUCUAGACUGUUUUUGUGUGAGUUGCAGAGUGUUGGAGAUAUCAGCUGUAGAGAUGUCUGCAUUCUCUCCAA